ACUCGGUGGAAAACUCGUGACGAGUGUUUUAGGGGCUUCUGCCACCAGCAAGUGCUGAAAAAAUCCACAGCCAUAACCAACUCAAAUUCUGCAAUUCAGCUUCCUCCAUUGUUGUCCACACUCCAAUUUCUUAGUGGUUCCGCGAUACUCGCAUCGCCAAUUCCACGCAAUAUGGCGUCGAUUUUCGUCACACCUGCGGUUUCGUCAGCUUCUGCUCUCCCAAGAGUUUCGUUCCGAGCUCGCUCCGACCUGCAUUUACAGAGCCGUUCGUGCAGGUUUGGAGUAAGAUGCCGCGUCGCGGACGCUCCAACUGCUAUAGAUGUAGUGGCUGAUGUUAGAAGUGAGAAGGUUGUGGUCUUAGGAGGCAGCGGAUUCGUUGGUUCUGCUAUAUGCAAAGCGGCGGUAUCCAAGGGCAUUGAAGUUGUUAGCGUGAGCAGGUCGGGUCGUCCAACAGAUACAAGUUCAUGGAUAGAUCAAGUUACUUGGGUUCCAGGAGAUGUUUUCUACGUCAACUGGGAUGACAUACUUGUUGGGGCUACGGCAGUGGUAUCAACGCUCGGAGGUUUUGGCAGUGAGGAACAGAUGAAAAGAAUUAAUGGCGAGGCCAAUGUUGUGGCUGUGAAUGCGGCUUAUGAUUUUGGAAUUCCCAAGUUCGUCUUAAUAUCAGUCCAUGAUUACAAUUUUCCUUCAUUUCUACUCUCAUCUGGAUACUUCACUGGAAAAAGGCAAGCAGAGUCCGAGGUCCUCUCCAAAUUUCCAAGAUCUGGUGUUGUACUCCGUCCCGCUUUCAUAUAUGGGAAAAGGAGGGUGAAUGAUUUUGAGAUUCCCCUGAAUCUGGUUGGAGAACCAGUGGAAAAAUUUCUAUCAACCUUUGGAAACUUCAUUAAACCUCUAAGUUCCCUUCCAGCCUCUGACGUUUUUCUUGCCCCUCCGGUCAGCGUCGACGACGUGGCGCUUGCUACUGUCAACGCAAUCACCGAUGACGAUUUUUUUGGUGUUUUCACAAUUGAACAGAUCAAGGAAGCUGCAGCAAAAGUUAGAGCGUGAAAUGGCGUCUUUUCUCAAUUGCUGCUGAAGAAACACACCCAAUGGUUCGUAAGAUAUCAUAAUAUUGGAAGUUGGGUUCUUUAAUCAUAGUUGUUUUAGGACCAACCCGUUUUAUAGUAUACUUUAUUAUUAUUAUUAUUAUUAUUAUUAUUUUUGAGAAAUCGUUUUAUAGUAUACCUAAAACAUUCAUCUAUAA